AACCGACAACACAAGCCAAGGGAAAAUCGAGCAACGAUGCGUCGGGAGGGACGGCAGCGCGGGUGGGUGCGCGCGUACGACCUCUGCCUCUGGCUGGAGCUCGAGCAGGAGCCGGAUGAGGACGGCAACUACCAGCCGCGCCGCCCGAUCUCGGCCCACACGGCCGUGCCGGGGACGGCGAUAGCCAACGGCGGCUUCGUCAGGGCGCCGCGGAGGCCCACCAACCACUCCAAGCCGUCCGGCAUGUACAAGCCCCCCGGCGGCAAGGGCGACGGCUCGUCGGCGUCGGGCAAGGGGAGGCACAAGUUCUGGCACGACGAGCUCAAGACGUACUACCUCGAGCUGGCGGACGCCGUCGAUGGCUAUGGCAUGGAUUAGUUGUACUUCUCGUGCAUGAUGGCACUCGCACGUACGAAGCGGCGUCGUGUUUGACAGAGCUAGCUAGUAGUGGAUGGAUGUGUAAAGCUGCGACUUUUAAUCUUCGUUGCUAAUUCCGUUAAUAAUUAUGAGACUUUAUCUUUUCACAGUACAGUAAUGAGAAUUUCUUGUUCAAGCGCAAA